AUGGAUUCUGAAUAUAGGGUAAUACUUAAUGUUGGUGGUGUUAGACAUGAAACCUAUAAGCAUACACUGAAAAAAAUUCCUGCCACCAGACUAUCACGGCUGACGACAAACCUAGCCAAUUACGAUCCUGUUCUCAAUGAAUAUUUCUUCGAUCGACAUCCUGGCGUUUUUUCACAGAUUUUAAAUUAUUAUCGUACUGGAAAACUUCAUUAUCCAUUAGAUGUGUGUGGGCCCUUAUUCGAGGAAGAGCUAAAGUACUGGGGACUAGACUCGAACGAAUGUGAGCCGUGUUGUUGGAUGACCUUGUCAGGAACGCGGGACACUCAGGAAGUGCUGAAAACUUUAGAUGAGCUCGACAUUGAAGUCGACAACGCUGAUGGCGCAGAACUUUACCAGCGAUUUGGUUGGGAGGACGACUUUCAUAAUGACAGUUUGAGCAGUUGGCAAAAAUUGAAGCCGAAAAUUUGGCGGCUGUUCGACGAACCGAGCUCGUCCCGUGCUGCGAAGGUUAUAGCUAUCAUAUCCGUAUUCUUUCUAAUUACCGCCAUACUCGUAUUUUGUCUAAAAACUCAUCCUGGACUGCGAAUAUCUGAAAUUUCCGGUAUCGUGAACGUGUCACGAGAAAUCCGUAGCACUAACCACUAUAGAUAUCAACCAACGUCUCUGAACGUUGACAAGACAAAUUCAAAAGCUCACCCAGGAUUUAUGAUGGUCGAAACAUUAUGCAAUAUAUGGUUCACAAUAGAAAUUUUGGUAAGGUUUACAUGCUGCCCUUCACGAGUGGAAUAUUUAAAAGCUCCAGUGAAUUUGAUCGAUAUUGUUGCUACGGUUACUUUCUACAUGGAUGUUAUAAUUAACACAUUUGGCGCAUCAGCCGAUUUGGAAUUCUUCUCGAUCAUUAGAAUCAUGCGACUGUUCAAACUUACUCAUCAUAACAGCGGGUUGAAGAUACUUAUGCACACAUUCAAAGCUUCUGCGAAGGAACUCAUGUUGCUCGUAUUUUUCCUUGUUCUCGGAGUUGUCGUCUUUGCCUCAUUGGUCUACUAUGCGGAACGGGUUGAACCGAAUCCAGACAAUCAAUUCCAGAGCAUACCAAUUGGACUGUGGUGGGCGAUCGUGACGAUGACUACUAUCGGUUACGGUGACAUAACUCCUCACACAUACCUUGGACGUUUAAUCGGUUCCAUAUGUGCCCUAGCAGGUGUACUCACCAUUGCUUUGCCAGUACCUGUGAUUGUUUCCAACUUUGCAAUGUUCUAUUCUCAUACACAAGCACGAUCUAAAAUGCCGAAGAAAAGGCGAGGAGUGCUGUCAGUGGAUCAAGUGAAGCAACAACCACACAGAGCAAACGGACCCCGAAGGCAUGGUGGCGAGCAUACCCCACUUGUUCAAAGAAGCAUCAACAAUCACUCAGCUCCACCUCAUACUGUUAUCUAA